AUGGGCCGCGAAGCAGCCCUCACACAGAAAGAGUAUUCGUGGGUCAUUGGGCUACACGACGGCAGAGUGAGGGUUGCAGAGCGACGACUGUGGCGAGCGGCUGAGGGCAGGAAGACGACCCGUGCUGUCGGAUCGAGACGUGCGGCAGCAGCUGCAACGGGCGACUACUUCGCGGCUGAGCACAAGACCAAGUUCAGCGUGAAGGCCUCGGUGCGCACUGUCCAGCGGCUGCUGAAGAACGUGGGCCACCUCGUCUACACCAAGAUGAACAGGACACUGCCGUUAACGGCGGCACACAAGAGUGCACGAAUGGCGUGGGCUGAGGAACACAUCACUAACCUUGAGUAUGGAUGA